AUGGCGCCCAUCCCUACCCCUGAAACAACAGCCCAACCCAUACUUAAAUCCAACGAAACAAAAGAUGUCGACGUUAUGGCUGCCAUGGCGCACAACGGCAAGGCACUACCAGGUAUCCCUACCUUUAACUCGUUUAUCGAAAAGCGUCAAUGGCAGCUAGAGCACAUGGCAGGCGCAUUCCGUGUCUUCGCUCGCGAUGGUUUUGCCGAGGGCAUUUCAGGACAUAUCAGUGUACGGGACCCCGAGUUUCAAGACAGAUUCUGGAUUAAUCCGCUAGCUGUACAUUUCGGGAUGGUGAAAGCUAGUGACAUGAUCUGUGUGAAUCUGGAUGGAGAGGUCGUUGGAGGGAACACGGCCGGUUCAAUCAAUGCUGCCGGAUUUCAGAUUCACUCUUCCAUCCAUCGAUCACGGAGUGACGUACAUGCUAUAUGCCAUACGCACUCGGUACACGGCCGCGCUUGGUCGGCAUUUGCAAGACCACUUGAGAUGAUCAAUCAAGAUGUUUGCUAUUUCUACAAGGCUCAUUCAGUCUACUCUGAUUACGGAGGUAUUGCCAACGAGGCAUCAGAGGGACAGAGAAUUGCUCAGAGUUUGGGAGAUGGCAAGGCUGUGAUUUUGAUGAAUCAUGGCCUUUUGACUGUGGGACAGACUGUGGAUGAGGCUGCAUUUCUUUUCUGUCUUAUGGAGCGGAGCUGCAAGGUUCAGUUGUUGGCUGAACGGACUGGGCUUGAGAAGAGGAUCGUGAGCGAUGAAGAAGCAGCUUAUAACUAUAAGAUGGCAAGCACACCGGAGACUCUCUUCGUGGAGUUCCAACCACAUUACCAAUAUGAGGAGUAUCUAUCAAAGGGUGAUUUCAAAAAGUAG